CUUCCCCUAUCCUUCCUUCCUCCUCUCUCCCUAUAAAAUGCACACCGACUGUUCUCAAUUCUUGAAUCCCUCAAGCCCACCAUGGAAACGGAGGUCGCGGUUCCGCUCCCGAUCAUGGAGUUCAACUUCGACAGCACGUCCUCUUCUCCGUUCAUGACUGCUCCGUCCAGCCCGCAGCGCUUCGGCAGCUUGUACUUCAGCGCACCCACGAGCCCCACCAGGGCUUCCGCUUUCCUUCAGGAGCUCAGGAAAUCAAGAAAGUCCCUGUCCUCGAUACCCUUUGCCUGGGAAGAGAAGCCCGGCGUCCCGAAAGGCGGAGGGAGCUACCAGAACGGCGGCGGCGGCGGCGACGACGAAGAUGAUUUCGAGUUCGACUUCAGUGGUCAACUGGACAGAGCUUCGGCAACUGCUGAUGAGCUCUUCGACGGAGGCAAGAUCAGGCCUCUCAAACCGCCACCGAGGUUGCAGGCCAACUCGGGCGACGCUGACGCGGCGAUGAACUCGCUUCCGGCGUCUCCGAGAUCGCCGUCGAGGUUCGCUCAGGGGAAGAAGAUGGUCCAAGAAGCUCUCUCUCCUCGCCACCGCAAAAGAGACUUCGACCCCUUCUCAGCAGCCUUGGAGGAGACCCGGAAGAGACAGGCGAAUCUCAACCAACACGAGGACCUGAGCCGUUCUCGCGGGAGGGAAAGAAAGGCGGGAUCUUCUUCGUCUCUGCGGACGUCGUCGGCCAGUUAUGUACGUAAAGGGACGAGAUCUUUAUCGCCGUUCAGGGUGUCCGACAUCAUGGAGGCCGAUCGAGAAGCCGAAGAUCGCGCUGCGCCCUCUUCCUCCUCCUCAUCGAAUCAAGCUCCUUCAUAUUUCUCUUCGCUGUUGUCGUCGAUGUCGUUCUCGAAGGGCUACAGGAAGUGGAGCUUCAAGGACUUUCUGUUGUUCCGGAGCGCAUCGGAGGGGCGCGGCACAGAAAAGGAUCCGCUGCGCAAGUACGUGGCCCUGUCGAAGAGAUCGUCAAUUAAUUACGCAGCAGCGGACGACGUGAAGUGCUCGAGCUUCAGGUCGACGGAGAGCGUCGGCUCGGUGAGCUCGAGGAGGAGACCAGGGGCCGCGCCGGUGUCGGCUCACGAGCUGCAUUACACGUUGAACAGAGCGGUCUCAGAGGAGAUGAAGAAGAAGACCACCUUGCCAUACAAGCACGGGCUGCUGGGUUGCUUGGGGUUCAAUCCUCCUCCGGGCGUGCACGACUUGGCCCGGGUACUGGGUCGCGGACACACGGACCGAUCCCGAUCUCGCGAUAUGAGUUAGACACACACUCUCUCUCUCUCUCGAUCAAGAGAACUGUAGAUUUCCUUAGUCCUGUAAUAUCUCAUAUCGAAAGCAUAUUGAACACACACAAGCGAUCUUGAUUCGAAUGUUUCUUUCUUGUU